AAUAACAAGUAUCUUUAAUUGAGAAGACACUAGACGUUCAUUUGACCAUGUGUCAAAUUUAGUUAGCUACCGACCCACAAAUAUCAAACAACGAAAAAAUCGACGAGUAGGUGCGUGCGACAAGCUCAGCGAUGUAUUACAGUCAGAUCGGCUCAUUGGGUGCAGCUCAAGUGGUACCCGAGGGACGCGAGCUCACACCGUCGCCGGAGCCAGACAAACGAAACCCAUUGAUGUUCCUAACCCAACCGACGACCCCAUCGACGAUCGACGGCGAUUUAUCGGUUAUCUCGACGCAGCUGAAGAUCGCCCAGCUGCUGCGCGUGUGGAACUUGAGCUUCAGCGGUGACGAGAACGAGGACCAGACCAAAGAGUUCAUUCUGCGGCUGGGGGAAUUUUUCUCCAGCAUCAGGAGCGAGAUCAGCGAGAGGCAAGUAUUUUACGCGCUGCCGAUCGUCUUCACCAAAUCGGCUCUCGAGUGGUACGUGCGCUGGAAAACCAGGUUACAUACUUGGAGCCAAUUCCAGGACUUGUUUCGGGCGUACUUCAUCGAGGGAUUGCGGCUAAUGAAUGGGCAUGAAUAGACGAAGUCAACUUACAACGAUCCAAGAAACAAAAAGAUGAUAAUCACAAUCAUCGAUUGUAAAAUCGUAAGGUUGAAUAGUGAAACAAAUAAUUUCUUUUUUGAUACUUUCUUUAAAAUUUUGAUCAAAUUAUUGAAUAAAACAAAGCAAUUAUGAAUUUGACGAAGAGAUCUUCGAUUGUAAAUGCCGAGAGCGAUGUAUUUUAUAAGUAUAACUAACGAACUUGUUCUUAGAUAAUUUUAUCUAUUGAUUUUACAAAUUGAACUAGUUGAAUGAAACAAAGUAAUGAAAUAAAUGAAUUUUUACCUGCAUGUAAUAUUAAAUUGAAUAAAAAAAGUGAUUAUCUUGUUAUAAAA